AUGAAGAACGCCAGGUCACUAGCUGUAGCACUUGCAGCUGCACUUCUCCCGGGAUCUACCUUUGCCCUCAUCAAUAAUCCUAUGAAACCUCCCAACGAGCGAUUUGUGCUUAACGCAGAGCAAGCAUUAAUAGCUGUCGAGGCUGCAUCUGUCAAGGCAGCCACGAACAAUGCUCCGUCCACCAUCGUCGUCGCAGACCCCUAUGGCUUUCCAAUCGCCGUUCUGCGCAUGGACAAUGCGUUCAUCGAGAGCGUCGACACCUGUAUCAAAAAGACCAGCACGGUUAGCCUUUUCAACGGAGCGUUGACCUCUGGCGAGCUGCAACCCCUGGUCCAGCCGGGGCGUGAAGAUUAUGGCAUCGAGCACACCAACGGCGGGAUGUUACCUAUUCCGGGCGCGGUGCCGCUGUUCAUCAAUGGCACGUUCUUUGCCGCCAUCGGUGCCUGUGGUGGAUCAGGGGAUCAAGAUAUUGAAGCUGCCACGGCUGGGGUUUUUGCUGUGGGUGGAACGCUCGAGCCAUGA